GUUCUGCUUUUCCAUCUGUACGUUCUGUCCUCUGCUUUGGGCUUUGCCUUUGUUCAGCAGUGAAACAUACAAAAGUUGUGCAGAUCAUUGCCAGAAAUUUCUCCACGAAGUCAGAACCGAAGAACAAGAACACAAGAUGAAUCGCUGUCGACUCCUCGAACUACCCGGAGAACUCCGCAACAACAUCUACGAAAAAGCCCUACUCCAAGACGAACCCAUCCAAAUCGACCUCACGAAGCCUUCCACAAGCACAAGCCACCCAAUUUUCAACCUCCUCCAAACCUGCAAACAAAUCCACUCUGAAGCCCGAGACCUCAUCUACGACAACAUCUUCGAACUCAUAACCGCAAUUCACCAAUCCCAAGAACCCAUCAACAACAACAGCCUCCACCGCCUCCGAAAAAUCUGCCAAAACCAAUCCCAAUCCCAUCGAACCCCUCCCACCCCCAAAUUCCACAACAUCAAAAUCUGCCUCGACCAGCACCUCCCCUUCGAAAACGUAGCCCACCACAUCGGAAUGCUCUUCCGCGCCUCGGAACCCCUCCGCGAACUCCAAAAAAGUGGAGUCAAUGUAGCGGUGUACGUUUCAGCACAAUUAUGCAAGGGAAUAGAUUUCAGUCCGAAAUUAGAAUUUCAUUUACGUGAUGUUGAGGAGGCGAAAAAAGAAUUGGAGGAAGGGUUUUUGAGGCAGAGAGUUGAAGCGGGAUUUGGGGACGGGAAGGAUUUGAAAACUGUGUAUUUUGAACUUUUGAAGAUGAAGUUGAUUGAGGCGUUUUUUUGUGAGGAUUAGAGAUUAGUGAUCUGUGGCUUUUUUGCUAUCUGGGGGCGCUGGAAGGAGUUCUCGAGCAUUUUGGGAGGCGUUAGGGAGGGUGGGGCUAUAACCCGGCCUCAUCUAAUAAUUUGCGGGUCUGUGGGCGAGGUCAGCAUUUCGGUGGCGAUGCACAUUGGAUGGGAAACAGUACUUACAUGUUCAAAUGCAUUAUGGCCGUACAGCCAAGAAGC